AUUUGAAUUGAUGAUAAUCAGAAAAAAUGAAGAACUUCCCAAUAGUACAAAAUAUUUACAAGAAUCAUCGAAUAGCCCAACAGUUUGGAGUGAAGCAUACCAACAUUCAAACGAUCAUAUUCUUUUCGGCCAUAGUUUAAGUUGGCAUCGUGAUACUCCACCAUGGAGUCGAAAUACGACAUCACAUUCAACAAACACUUUAAUCGCUAAAGUAUGGAUACCAGAAAGACUGGACUGCAUAAAAGCCAAUUGA